AUGUGUCCCCUCCUGGUGCCAUGGGUCCUGGCGUUGCUGGGCACACCAGGGAGCUGGGGCUACGGUUUCCGGAACUGCAUCCAGUCGGCGCAGGACGCCGGCAGCUUCCGCUGCAUCCAGCGCUUCGUGCAGGACAUCGGCAGCGCCGUGAGCGACCUGCCGCCCAGCACCACGGCCCUCAACGUCUCGCACAACGCCAUCCGCCGCCUGCCGCCCCGCGCCCUGGCCCACCUGACCCAGCUGCGCCGCCUCGACCUGGCCUUCAACCAGCUACGGACGGUGGAGCAGGGGGCCUUCGCGGACCUCGGCGUGCUGGCCACGCUCGACCUGUCCCACAACUGCCUGGCCAGCCUGACCAAGGGCGCCUUCCAAGGGCUCACCAACCUCUCCCGCCUGCUGCUGCACCACAACCUGCUCAGCACCCUGGGCCCCGGCGCCUUCCAGCCACUGGCCAGCCUGCGCUCCCUGCUCCUCUGCAACAACCGCCUGCAGAGCUUCCGCGAGGUGGCCGGCAGUGUGCAGCACCUGCCACGGCUCCGGGACCUGGACGUGUGCAAAAACAACCUGACGUCGCUGGAGCCCGGCCCCCGCCUGCCCCCGUCGCUGCGCACCCUGCGCCUCUGCAACAACUCGCUGGUGGGCGUCAGCGGCGCCAGCCCCGACCUUCUGCACCACGUCAAGGUGCUCGAUCUGUCCUACAACAACAUCUCCGACGUGCAGUCCUUCGCCCAGGUCCGCUUCCAGAACCUCAGCCGGCUCCAGCUGCUGGGGAACCCCCUGGACAUCUUCCGCCUGCUGAAUGUCUCCGACGUGAGGCCCCGCAGCGUGGACUUCUCCGGCCUGAGGCUGGGCAACGAGAGCGUGAGCCAGGUGUGCCGGCACUUGCAGGGCGCCGGGCUGAGGCAGCUCCAGCUGCAACGGAACGGGAUCCGUGCCUUGCGGAAGGGCGCUUUCGCCCCGUGCCCACACUUCGGCACCCUGGACCUCUCAUGGAACGAGAUGCACUCCGUGGGGUGCGUGGGGGAGCUGCUGAGCCGGAGGCAGCAGCAGGCGCUGCAGAGCCUGGUGGUGGAGCACAACCUCCUGAAACGCCUGCAGUCCUGCGAGGCGGGUGCGCAACUGCCUCGCCUCUACAACAUCUCCUUCCGCUUCAACCGCAUCCUGAUGGUCGGCCGCCGUGCCUUCGGCUACGCCCCCAGCCUCCGCGUCCUGCACCUCAACAUCAACAACAUUGCCGACCUGCAGAAGGGCGCGCUCCAGGGCCUGCACAACCUCACCGAGCUGCGGCUCGACAACAAUCUCCUCACCGACCUCUACCAGACCAGCUUCACUGGCCUGGGCCAGCUCCAGAUGCUCAACCUCCGCAACAACCAUGUCUCUGUCCUCUUCUCCAAUGUCUUCAGCAACCUGAGUCAGCUCCAGACGCUGGACCUGGGGGGUAACAACAUCCGGCACUUGACAGACAAGUCCUUCCAGGGGCUGCACAGCCUCCGUAAGCUCUACCUGGAUGGCAAUCACAUCCAGGAGAUCAGCAGUGACAUCUUCGGCCCAGUGCAGGCCACCUUAGAGGUGCUGGAUCUGAAGGGCAACAAACUGCAGUACAUCACAAAGCAGCAAAGCCAGCAGCCCCCGUUCAUGUACCUGCAUCAGCUCUACGAUCUCAAGCUGCAGGCCCAGCAGCCCUACGGCCUCAAAAUCAUCCCCCACAAGUUCUUCCAGGGCCUCACGGCCCUGCGCACCCUCUUCCUGUCGCAGAACAAGCUGCUCUCCAUCCCCUCUGACAUCUUCGAUGACCUGGCCCAGUUGCAGUACCUGACACUGGCGGACAGCAACAAUGGGAUGCAGGACUUGCCACCGGGCAUCUUCAAAAACCUCACCAGCCUGGAGUCCCUGGACCUGGAGAACGUGGGGCUCCACUCCCUGACGCUGGAGGUCUUCGGCAACCUCAGCCGCUUGAAGACACUGAGGCUGGCCAAGAACGAGCUGCAGACGGUCAACCAGAGCGUGGCCCAGCGGCUGAGAGCCCUGCGCUACCUGGACUUGCGCAAAUGUCCACUGAGCUGCAAUUGCGAGAACACUUGGUUCCAGACGUGGCUGAACAACAGCCAGGUGCAGGUGGUGUACCUCUACAAUUACACCUGCGACUCACGGCAGCAGCCAGCCUACGUGUACAGCUUUGACACGCACGUCUGCUUCCUGGACGUCGGGCUCUACCUGUUCUUGGGCACGGCGCCAGCGCUGCUGCUCCUCAUGGUGCUGCCGCUGCUCUACCACCGGGCCUACUGGCACCUCAAGUACCACUUCUACAUCCUCCGCUGCUGGGUGAAUGAGCGCUGGUGGCGGCAGGACAAGGAGAAGUACCGGUACGACAGCUUCAUCUCCUACAACUCGGCCGACGAGAGCUGGGUGCUGCAGGAGCUGGUGCCCAACCUGGAGCAGGGCAGCGGCCGGGGCUCUUUCCGCCUCUGCCUCCACCACCGUGACUUUAGGCCCGGGAGGAGCAUCAUCGACAACAUUGUGGACAGCAUCUACAACAGCCGCAAGACCAUCUGCAUCAUCAGCCGCAGCUACCUGCAGAGCGAGUGGUGCUCCCUGGAGAUCCAGCUGGCCAGCUACCGCCUCUUUGAUGAGCUCAAGGACGUGCUGGUCCUGGUCUUCCUGGAGGCCAUCCCCAACGCGGAGCUCUCUGCCUACCACCGCAUGCGGAAGGUGAUGCUGAAGAAGACCUACCUCAGCUGGCCUCCACAGCCCGAGGCCCAGAAGCUCUUCUGGAUGAAGCUUAAAAAGGCCCUGAAGAGCAACUACAUGGAGGAAGAGGAGGAGGACUUUGGGCAGGAAGAGAAGCUGCUGUAG